AUGUCAAAAACCAAGAAGAUUUUUCUUUUUGCCGUUUCCUGCUUCUUCGUAGGGUUGAUAUUUGUGGUCCUUUACGUGAAUCACCUAAAAAUUUCUCUACCUUUUGAAUCGGGGCUCUCAUUUAUACGUCGAAGGCGUCAUUUCACACCAAGCAACGAUACGAAUAUUAUCUUUAUUUUAAAUUCUCGCUCCACAGAUUUAACGGAUUUGCAAUUAUGUACAGUGGAAAGCGCAUGCCGAUAUUAUCCUAACAACACCAUUCAACUCUUUGUACAAGAAUGCUUUGAUGAAGAGCAUGCACGGAAACAACUUGACAUGUGUGAAUUUUUAAAUUUUACCCGAAUCGACUAUGAGAAAAUCUUUGCCGAUACACCACUAAUGGAUUGGUAUAAAAGUGGCGUUUAUCAUAAGAGUCCUUAUUCCAUUGUUGAAUUAUCGGACGCUGCUCGACUUGCCAUUCUCUAUAAACAGGGUGGAACCUAUAUGGAUUUGGAUUACAUUAGUGUGCAGCAAAUCCCUUCAAGUAUGAAAAAUAUUAUUGCCAGACAAUUGGAUGUCAAAUCCGAUAGUGACUUUGCUCAAAGCCUCAAUAAUGCCAUUCUACGGUUUGAGAAGGGUAAUUUAUUUCUUCAACAAUUAUUGCAUGAUUUUGUGAAAUAUUAUGCAAUUGAGCCUUGGGGGAACAAUGGUCCAGAGCUAAUCACGAGAACAAAAACUACUCUCGAGAAGAUGAAUAGCACCUUGUUGAAUGGACUUGUUGUGGGUCCUCAACCUCAAUUCUAUCCUCUUCAAUGUUGUGACCAAUUUGGUCCCAAUGCUCCCUUUCAAGAGUUAAGCAAAGUUUCUGACCACCUCAAAAAGCUCGUCUACGAUGCGUAUGGAGUUCAUAUCUAUUCGAAAUCAGAACUGAUGAAAGAAGAUUCUUUUCAACAUGACAUGAUGAAAAAGAAAUGUCCUGUCACUGCUUCCUUGUUAAAAUUUCCCCAAACGAAAACAGAGAGGGAAAAACAAGCAGAAAUGAGGUUGAAGGAUUGA